GCUUUUCACGCGCGCUAUUUAAAAAGGACAGUGGUAUUUUUCCUCGCUGAGUAAAUUUCAUUGUUUUGAUCGUUUAUUACGUAUCAAGACUACUGUUUUUCACUUUAAUUGAAUUUAUUUCAGUUAAAGUAUUUGACUAAAGUAUCGUUUUUACUGUUUUUGUCGUUGGUACUCUUUAGUACCUCUUUUUCAACUGUAUCUGUUAGUACUUUUGGUCCUAGCAAUCUACAGCUCUUCACUUUUUUUGGUCAUUGAUAAUUUUUUUGUUUCUGGGUAUCAUCGCAUAUUGAAAAAACCCCUCCUAAAUGACCGGACAGUGUAAAAAAAGCAGUUGCCAACGUCCGGGUUGUCGUUAUCCUGCUGAAAGCGGCAUGCAGUGCGACGAGUGCAAAGGCUGGUACCACGAAGUUUGCACGAACUUAACGCCUGCUGCUUUCAAACGGUUCAGUAAGAAGGGUUGUGUGUGGCUUUGUCAACAGUGCUGCUCGGAUGCAAACAGCUUGUUAACCGAGGCCAUCUCACUGGUUGAUGCUGCAAAGAAGUGUUUCAAAAAGCAUAGUCGGAACGCGUCAAACAGCACUCGAUCUGUUGACACGCAAAUCAAUGUGAAGGAAACUCAGGUGAGUCCAGUGAUAGAUGACUCACGCCCGUCAAAGAAGGAAAAGCAGUCUUCAAAGGGGCCUGCCUUAAGAAAAAGCUCAAGAAAAGUAGGGUCUUCUGUUCCCCGUCUCCCAGAUGGGAUCCAACAGGAAACACCUAGGAGCCGCAAUCGCAAGGCUCGAUCGGUUUCAAAUGGUAAACAUAACACGCCCCCUCAGAUCGUCGACAACCCCCAAAACCCAACACUAGGUUUGACGCAACUGCUAUUGCUUCUACCAGCAGCGUUGACGAAUGGGUAAAGGUUGUAAGAAAGGAAAGUAUUGAUAUAAAGGGAAACCUGCCCCCGUAAAAGUGGUUG